CAGUUUAUUAAAAGUCGUCAGUCUCAGCUGUUGUUAUUAUUUUUCUAACCAAAAAAGUCAUAUAUUAAUUCAAAUAAAUUUUAAAUAUUAAUAAUGAUAUCUCGAAGUAGUUGCUACAGGAAACUAAUAAGUUUUAUUAGAAAUAAAGAGAUUUCAAGAAAAUACAGUGUUAUAUCUGCAGUUUUAGAGAAACCAAAUGUCGGCGAUAUAACCGAGAUAAAGGGUUGGGUCAAGAAUUUACGGAAACAGAAAGACCUUAUAUUCGCCGAUGUUAGUGAUGGAUCUUGUGCUCAAAAACUACAGAUUGUUAUCCCAAAAAAUCUUGCGUCCGAUUCAUUAACUUAUGGUUCUUCAGUGAGUAUUACUGGCAAAUUGUCCAAAAGUCCCAGGGGACAGUUGGAACUGGUCGCAGAGGAUGUCAAAGUUUUAGGAACCUGCGUAGUAUUAGAUGGUUAUCCAUUUAACCCUAGGACUACACAUCCACCGGAAUAUACACGCCAAUACUUACACUUACGUUCCAGAACGAAUUACACCUCAGCUAUAUUGCGAAUACGGAGUGCUGUUACUAAGCACAUAUAUGAUUACUUUGCCUUAAAUAGUUAUACCAACAUCCACAGUCCAGUAUUAACAUCAAAUGAUUGUGAAGGUGCUGGAGAAGUGUUUAAAGUACAGCCUGAUAGUGAGGCUACAAUAAAGGCAAUGUUGCAAGAGAACAAAGACAAAGACUCUGUGUAUUUUGGUUCAAAAACUUUCCUCACAGUCUCAGGCCAGUUGCAUUUAGAAGCAGUGUGUAGAGGAAUGGGUAAUGUUUAUACACUUGGGCCUACUUUCAGAGCUGAAAACUCAAGAUCAAGGCUUCACUUGUCUGAAUUUUACAUGUUAGAAGCUGAACUAGCCUUUUGUGAGACUCUAAGCCACCUACAGGGAGCUAUAGAAGAUCUACUGAAAUAUGUAUUUAUUGAAACUCGCAACACUAAUGAGGCUGACCUCUUUCUGGUAGAUAAACACAACAAAGCUCCAAGUUGGGUAGAUAAAGAGUUUGUUACACUUACCUAUGAUGAAGCUAGACAGAUAUUGAGGAAGAAAGGAUCAGCUUUAACUGAUGAAGGUAUCAAUAAAGAACAGGAGCUGACUCUGGUUGAGUAUUGCAAUGGUAUUCCUGUUUUUAUAGUCAAGUGGCCAAAGGAUAUGAAGUCAUUUUAUAUGAAGGAAUGCUCUGAAGAUAAUACAAAGGUUGAAGCCCUCGAUCUUCUAACACCCAUCACAGGAGAAGUAGUAGGUGGAAGCCUGAGGGAAGAUAGCUAUGAGAAACUUAAGUCCAAGUUACCAUCAGAUAGAUUGAACUGGUAUUUAGAACUUCGCAAAUUCGGUAACAUUCCCACAGGAGGCUAUGGUCUGGGCUUGGAAAGAUUACUUCAAGUGUUAUGUAAUGUCAGUAAUAUUAAAGACACUCUUCCUUUUCCGAGAUGGCCACAUAAUUGCGAUAUGUAGGAUUUAUAAUUAUGUAUUUUUAUUAGAAAUGUAGUGACUAUUUGUUUCAAACACAAUACAUGUCAUCUUGUAAAGUAAAGCAAAAAUGCUUGAGUGUUGUUAAUGUACAUGUAUGUAAGUGGAAUGUAAUUUAUUAAUAAAG